AGAUGAGGAAACUGAGGCUCAGAGAGGUCACAUGGCUUGCUCGAGGCCCCCCAGCCAGUAAGUGGUGGAACCGGGAUUCGCACUGGCACCUGACAUGCUGUACUGACCAUGGCCUUCUCAGAGCAGGAUUGUGACGGGGCUGACCAUGGGGACGGUGGUCCUGGCUGAGGGAACUGCUCAGGCAAAGGUGUGACCCCAUAUCCCCACCCCCCAGGCCGCCUGUAGGACGCCGGCUCCUACCCCUCAGCAGACACCGGAGAGAGAUGAGUAGCAACAAAGAGCAGCGGUCAGCAGUGUUCGUGAUCCUCUUUGCCCUCAUCACCAUCCUCAUCCUCUACAGCUCCAACAGUGCCAAUGAAGUCUUCCACUACGGCUCCCUGCGGGGGCACAUCCACCGGCCCGUCAACCUCAAGAAGUGGGGCAUCACUGAUGGCUACAUCCCCAUUCUCGGCAACAAGACGCUGCCCUCCCGGUGCCACCAGUGUGUGAUUGUCACCAGCUCCAGCCACCUGCUGGGCACCAAGCUGGGCCCUGAGAUCGAGCGGGCCGAGUGCACGAUCCGCAUGAACGAUGCGCCCACCACGGGCUACUCAGCAGAUGUGGGCAACAAGACCACCUUCCGUGUGGUGGCCCAUUCCAGUGUAUUCCGUGUGCUGCGGAGGCCCCAGGAGUUUGUCAACCGAACCCCCGAAACUGUGUUCAUCUUUUGGGGCCCCCCAAGCAAGAUGCAAAAGCCCCAGGGCAGCCUUGUGCGUGUCAUCCAACGGGCAGGCCUGGUGUUCCCCAACAUGGAGGCCUAUGCCCUCUCUCCCACCCGCAUGCGCCAAUUUGACGACCUCUUCCGGGGUGAGACGGGCAAGGACAGGGAAAAGUCCCAUUCGUGGCUGAGCACAGGCUGGUUUACCAUGGUGACUGCGGUGGAGUUGUGUGACCACGUGCACGUCUAUGGCAUGGUCCCCCCCGGCCACUGCAGUCAGCGGCCCCACCUGCAGCGCAUGCCCUACCACUACUAUGAGCCGAAGGGGCCAGAUGAGUGUGCCACCUACAUCCAGAACGAGCACAGCCACAAGGGCAACCACCACCGCUUCAUCACUGAGAAGAGGGUCUUCUCGUCCUGGGCCCAGCUGUAUGGCAUCACCUUCUCCCACCCCUCUUGGACCUAGGCCAUCCUGCCUGUGGGACCUCAGGAGGGACGCAGAAGUGGCUCUCUGCCCAGCCACUCGACCAUGGGCCAUCUUCUGGCCAGUCAAGG